AUGGUGCUCCUCGCGUUCGCCGCCCGCGGCGCCCGCGCGCUCCGGUCCGGCGGCGGCGCGCGCGCCCGGCUGCCGUCGCUGCGGUCGCCGCGGCCGUCGCUCGGUCCGCGGCGCACGUCGACGCUGGACCAGCCCGCCGUGCGGCCCUUCCUCGGCGCCGGCGAGGCCCUGCCGAGCAAGUACGACUUCUCGACGGAGGGGUCGCUCUACGCGUGGUGGGAGGCCCAGGGCCUCUUCGAGCCGAGCGACGCCGAGCACCCGCGCGGCGCGUACACGUGCCCCAUGCCGCCGCCGAACGUCACGGGGCGGCUCCACCUCGGCCACGCCAUGUUCGUCGCGCUCCAGGACAUCCUCGCGCGGUUCCACCGCGCGCGCGGGCGGCCGACGCUCUGGCUCCCCGGCACGGACCACGCGGGCAUCGCGACGCAGCUCCUCGUCGAGCGCGCGCUCGCGAGCGAGGGCUCGCCGACGCGGGCGGAGCUCGGCCGCGACAAGUUCCUCGAGCGCGUCUGGCGGUGGAAGGACGAGAACGGCGGCGCGAUCACGUCGCAGAUGCGGCGCCUCGGCGCGUCCGCGGACUGGAGCCGCGAGAAGUUCACGCUCGACGACGACAUGAGCCGCGCCGUCACGGAGGCCUUCGUGCGCCUCCACGAGAAGGGGCUCGUGUACCGCGGGAGCCGCAUGGUCAACUGGUCGCCGAACCUGGGCACCGCGGUGUCCGACUUGGAGGUCGAGUUCGAGGAGCGCGAGGGCCUGCUCUACUACUUCAAGUACGGCGUCGCGGGCUCCGACGACUUCCUGCCCGUGGCGACGUCGCGGCCGGAGACCAUCCUCGGCGACACGGCGGUCUGCGUGAACCCGGCCGACGACCGCUACGCGCACCUCGUGGGCAAGGAGUGCGUCGUGCCCAUGUCCGGCGGGCGCACGGUGCCGAUCCUCGCCGACGACUACGUCGACAUCGAGUUCGGCACGGGCGCGCUCAAGGUGACGCCGGGCCACGACGCGAACGACUACGAGAUCGGGCUCCGGCAGGACCUGCCCGUGAUCAACAUCCUCAACGGCGACGGCACGCUCAACGACAACGGCGGCGCCUACGCGGGCCUCGACCGCUUCGCGUGCCGCAAGCAGAUCUGGGCCGACAUGGACGAGGCCGGGCUCGUGAUCAAGACCGAAAAGUACGCGUCGCGCGUGCCCAUCUCGCAGCGGGGCGGCGAGGUCAUCGAGCCCCUCGUGUCGACGCAGUGGUUCGUGAACACGACGGUCAUGGGCGCGCGCGGCGUCGACGCCGUGCGCAAUGGCGACAUCAAGAUCGUGCCCAAGCGCUUCGAGAAGGAGUGGUACAACUGGCUCGAGAACAUCCAGGACUGGUGCGUGUCGCGCCAGCUCUGGUGGGGCCACCAGAUCCCCGUCUGGUACGCCGCGGGCCACGACGGCUACUUUUGCGCGCGGUCCGAGGACGACGCGCGCGCCCAGGCGCGGGCCGCGGGCGUCGACGACGGUACCGCGCUGACGCGGGACCCGGACGUGCUCGACACGUGGUUCUCCAGCGGCCUCUGGCCCUUCGCGACCGUGGGCUGGCCCGACGCGACGCCGGACUUCUCCAAGUUCUACCCGGCGACGUGCCUCGAGACGGGCUACGACAUCCUCUUCUUCUGGGUCGCGCGCAUGGUCAUGCUGGGCCUCGAGUUCACGGGCGAGUCGCCCUUCGAGGUCAUCUACAUGCACGGCCUCGUCCGCGACAAGAACAACGAGAAGAUGUCCAAGACCAAGGGCAACGUCGUCGACCCGCUCGACGUCGUCGACGAGUUCGGCGCGGACGCGCUCCGCUUCAGCCUCGUGACGGGCGUGACGCCGGGCCAGGACGUGCCCCUGUCCAUGGACAAGGUCAAGGAGAACCGCAACUUCUGCAACAAGAUCUGGAACGCGGCGCGGUUCCUCGAGCCCAAGCUCGCGGGCGCGACGCCGAGCGACGGGCCCAUCCAGGCGGCGGAGCUCGCGGCCAUGCCCGUCUUCGAGCGCUACAUCGUCUCCAAGGCGCACGAGUGCGCGGAGGCGUCGGCGGCGGCGCUCGAGGACUACGCCAUCGGCGACGCGGGGCGGCGCGCCUACGAGUUCUUCUACAACGAGUUCGCGGACUGGUACGUCGAGGUGUCGAAGACGCGGUCCGGCGACGACGCCGAGGCGUCGCAGCGCGCGCUCGCGUACGCCUUCGAGGUCUGCCUCAAGCUCAUCCACCCCUUCAUGCCCCACGUCACGGAGUUCCUCUGGCAGAAGCUCUACAACGGCGCGGGCGACGAGCGCGCCGCGCUCAUGGCCGCGCCGUACCCCGCGCUCGAGGGCGCGGCGCUCGCGUUUGACGAGUCUGCGGUGAGGCUCAUGGAGUCGUGGAAGGGCCUCGUGCGCGCGCUGCGCAACAUCCGCGCGGAGUACGGCAUCGAGCCCGCCGUGAAGACGGGGCCGACGAUCGUCUGCGAGGACGCGGCCCUCGCGGACCUCAUCACGUCGGAAUUGAAGGCGCUCGCGCUGUUGUCCAAGGUCGACCCGGACCGCGUCGCCGUCGUCGCCGCCAAGGCGGACGCGAACAUCGACGCGGACGCGGUGCAGCUCGUCGUCGCCGACGGCCUCGAGGUCUACCUGCCCCAGGCGGACCUCGCGAAGGACGUCGCCAAGGAGCUCGACCGCCUCGGCCGCCAGGCGGAGAAGCUCGCCAAGGACAUCGCGGGCCUCGAGGGCCGCCUCAAGAACCCGGGCUUCGCGGACAAGGCGCCGCCCAAGGUCGUCGACGAGACGCGCGCGCAGCUCGCGGAGAAGGUCGAGCAGAAGGCGACGCUCGACGCGUCCAUCGCGGACCUCGAGGCGUCGAAGUAG